AUGACUUACAGUAGUUUUGGUGUUUGCGGGACAAGUUUAAAACGAUUUGCAUCUUACAAAAAUGCUCUCACCGCGAUUUCUAAGAGGGCGGGAACACCACUACCUUCUCUCAUAGUUUCUUUUGCCAUCCUUCAUGAAUUACCUGCCAUCGUUCCUAUUGCGAGCGCGUUGUCAAUGCUGUUGCUCUCCAGACUCCAACGAGAUGGCUCUAUCGAUGACCAGUAUUGGGUGAACACCCCGCUGAGAUCGUGGGUCAAUGAGGGCGAGCAAUGGGCUGGUCGCGUCGUCGACCAGACCCAGGCGCGCGAGUUGUCUGGUAAGCUAGCGGAGGACGUUGCUAAUGCGGUUCUGGCUUAUGGUGCAGUCAAGGUUUUUUUCUUCUUCACCACGGUUGGGAUAGUCAUGACUGAUAUUCAUUCAGGUACUUUUACCCGUCUUUCGUUAUAUCUUUCUCCAAUGUUCUCUCGGACACCCUAUUCGAGUGCGGGGGGCUUGCUCCCGGCUUUCUAUCGUAUGAUCUCGGACAGUUGUGCAGCCGAUUCGAUUGGGGGCCUCUGUCUAUUGGGACGCAGACCGAAAUCUAUGUAAAAGGUGGGUGACGUUCCUAUUUUUUUCGUGAUGAUUUCGCUUGCCGCCCCAGUCGUAGCUAUAAGCGUUGACGAACGGUAGAGCAUAAGCCAAAUAUUUGCACCACUGAUUCUAUCCUUGCCUCUUUCUUUCCAUAAACUCGAAGCUUACUAUCUGUCUCACAGGUUAUCGUUAUAUAAAUGGCACACUCCUACUAGGCAUGAGCAUACCCUUUUGUCACUUAAAAGUUGUCUUAUGCAAUGCU